AUGACCAUCGAAGAGAAAGCCGGCCAGCUCUUCCAGACUCAGCUUCAGCAGGGCCCAAAUGGCACUCUCGACCCCGGCAAUGCGACGGCCCGCCGCAACAGCACAGACAACAUGAUCGGCGAGAAGCACAUGACGCACUUCAACCUUGUUGGGGACAUCGUCGAUGCAAAGGAGGUCGCUGAGUUUGUCAACCUCGUCCAGCAGCGCGCUUUGGACACCCGUCUCGGGAUCCCUGUUACUCUGUCGACGGACCCGCGCCACAGUUUCACAGAGAACAUCGGCACUGGCUUCCAGGCUGGAGUCUUCUCUCAGUGGCCUGAGUCCUUAGGUCUCGCUGCACUGCGGGACCCUUACUUGGUGAGGCAGUUUGCCGAAGUUGCCCGCGAAGAAUACAUCGCCGUUGGUAUUCGGUCCGCGUUACACCCCCAGGUAGACCUCGCAACUGAGCCCCGAUGGUCUCGACUGGGCAAUACUUGGGGAGAGGACGCCAACCUUACUAGUGAGCUUCUUGUUGAGUACAUCAAGGGCUUCCAAGGCAAAGAGCUAGGUCCUUACAGUGUGACUACGGUCACCAAACACUUCCCUGGCGGCGGUCCCAUGGAAAAUGGCGAGGACUCCCACUUCACCUACGGGAAGAACCAGACCUAUCCCGGUAACAACUUUGAAUACCAUCUCAUCCCCUUCAAGGCUGCUAUCGCGGCAGGCGCGAGGCAGAUGAUGCCGUAUUAUUCGCGUCCAAUCGGCACUGAGUACGACCCCGUUGGUUUUUCUUUCAACAAACAAAUUGUCACCGAUCUCUUGAGGGAAGAGCUCGGUUUCCAAGGAAUCGUGGUUUCUGACUGGGGCUUGAUUACGGACACAGUGAUUCGUGGUCAGGACAUGCCGGCCCGCGCAUGGGGCGUGGAAAGUUUGACGGAGCUGCAGCGUGCCGCCCGAGUCCUUGACGCCGGUGUUGAUCAGUUUGGUGGCGAGCAGCGUGUCGAGCUGAUCGUUCAGUUGGUACAAGAAGGCAAUAUUACCGAAGACCGCAUCGAUGUUUCUGUCAGACGUCUCCUCCGUGAGAAAUUCCUCCUUGGCCUCUUCGACAACCCUUUCGUCGACCCCGAGGCAGCUUCGAGAGUCGUCGGCAACGACUACUUCGCUCGCCUUGGCAACGAUGCCCAGCGCCGGGCCUACACGCUCCUUACCAACAAGGACGAGAUUCUUCCCCUCAAGCACCUCAGCUCUGAUACCAAGUUCUACGUUGAGGGCUUUAAUGCCACCUUACUUGAAGCCCGCAACUUCAUUGUUGUUGAGACGCCCGAAGAGGCCGACUAUGCGCUUCUGCGUCUCGAGGCGCCGUAUGAGCCUCGACCUGGUGGCUUUGAAGCCGCUUACCAUGCUGGAUCACUGGAGUACUCCGAUGAGGAGAAGGCGCGUCAGGCGGCCAUAUACGCAGCUGUGCCUACUAUUGUUGACGUGAUCUUGGACCGUCCUGCCGCCGUUCCUGAAGUGAUCGAAACUGCUUCUGCCGUGUUUGGCAGCUUCGGUAGUGGAAGCGAGGCGUUUUUGGAUGUUGUGUUUGGUAUCGCGGCCCCCGAGGGAAAGUUGCCCUUUGAUCUGCCGCGGUCACAACAGGCCGUGGAAGACGCGAUGGAGGAUGUUCCAUUUGACACGGAAAACCCCGUGUUCGGAUUUGGACACGGCUUGAGAUACGCUGACAAGUGUGCGGCACAAGUCGGUGGAAGAUGCUUUGAUGAAGACAUGAAACGUCUAGUAGGUCUGAAUUCCGGAGUACAAGAUGCAUUGGCAGAUAAUCAUGAUGGCGUACGAUGA